GAGAGAGAGAAGGGAAAAAAGGAAAUAAAAACUGUAUUAUUGUUCAUUGGGUGGUGAUUAGUUAAUUGUCACCAAUUCACCAUCACCUAUUGGAGUUGAGGAUUCCCACCGCAGCCAUGUACGGCGGAGCCUCCAAACUUGGCCGUGGCGCCCACAAGCGCUCUUCCUUCCCCCCACCUCAUCGCCCCUCCGCCCCCUCAUCGGCCGCCAACCGCCUCUCCGUUGGCGGCUCCAACCGCAAAACACCGCCGGCUGUGGAGGAGAGUUUCAACCUAGUCUCCGGCACUGUCCCUCCCGCCUUCUCCAUGAUCAUAAAGCUGGCGCCGGACCUCGUCGACGAGAUCAAGCGCGUGGAGGCACAGGGUGGCACCGCUCGUAUGAAAUUCGAUCCCAACCCCAACAAUUGUAACGGAAACAUUAUUGAUGUUGGUGGGAAGGAAUUCAGAUUUACGUGGUCGAAGGAUGGUGACCUCUGUGAUAUCUAUGAAGAGAAGCGAAGUGGUGAAGAGGGGAAUGGUUUGCUUGUUGAAUCUGGGUGUGCCUGGCGCAAGCUCAAUGUACAGCGUAUCUUGGACGAGUCAACUAAGAAGCAAGUCAAGAUGCGGUCAAAGGAAGCUGAACUUAAGCUCAAGUCACGCAAAGCCAUUGUCUUAGAGCCGGGGAACCCACCUCUGAAGAGCCAGAUAAAGGCAUUAGCUGCUGUGGAGGCUACAACCUGGAAAAAUUACACUAAAAAGAAAGAGGCGGUACUUAAGAAACGGAAAGCGGAGACUCUUCCAGUUCGAGGCCCCCAAAAAUCUUCACAUAAACCUGGAUUGACGUCAACAAGUACUACUACCAAGGGUAGACAUUCUUCUCCUCUUCCAUCUCCACCGGAUCAUAUUGCUGCUUCACCCUCUCCACUGGGAGCUGUAAAUAUCUCUAAGAACCUUGAUGAUGCUGUGCCAUCACAAAUGAUUCGCAAACAAGAUACUAAUGCUGUUGCUGAGAAAGAAAUCCCUGCCAAAACAAGCAAUUCUAUGAGGAAGACACCAGGAGGCAAAGGAAAUAUUGGAUUGAAGCCAAUAGAUUUGCAGGGCAUGUUAAUAUCUCUUCUAAAGGAUAAGCCAUCUGGAAUGACUUUUAAGUCCAUGGAGAAAGCUGUUGCAGAUACAUUUCCAAAUUCUGUGAAGCAAAUUGAGGUCAUUAUAAAAAAAAUUGCAAAAUUCCAAGCCCCGGGAAGGUAUAUCUUAAGACCAGAAGUGGAUUCAGAAAACUUCAGGAAACCUCAGACUGAAACUGGAAGUUCUCUUGAAGACAAUCGUAACCACAUACCUGCUAAUGAAGAGUUACAUGAUCAGAGAUCAGUUCCACUGGGAGGCUUUGAGGAGAGAGUCCCCAGCGACAAUUUGGAGGAAAUGGUGCAAGUAGAAUCCAAAGGAGAAGAAGAAUUAAACCCAUUGGAAAAAAUUGAUGCCCAACAUACUUCACCUGAUAUUGUUGGUGACAAAAAAGGUUCUGUUCAUGGUGAAGGGAAAGCAGGAAGCUCUAGUGACAGUGGAAGUGACAGUGAUAGUGAAAGUGACAGCAGUGAUAGUGCAAGUGACAGUGGAAGCCAUAGUAGGAGCAGAAGCAGAAGUCCCGCUGGAUCAGGGAGUGGGAGUAGUAGUGACAGUGAAAGUGAUGCAUCUUCCAGUAGCAAGGAGGGACUGGAGGGUUCUGAUGAGGAUGUAGAUAUUCUGACUAGUGAUGAUGAAAAAGAGUCAAAGCACAAAACAGAAGCCUCUGAUCAAAGGAUGUCUUUUCCUGUGCCAGUAAAAUCUCCUGACAGGAGAUCUAUGCUGAUCGAGGUUGAUGAGAAGCGGGAUGCUAAUGAAUCUGAUGCUGUUGAGAUUGAAAAAGACUCACCUGAGGAACGGGAACCUGAAAUGGCUCCAACUACAGCUACCAUUUCCGGAAAAGGUGGAAAAUAUGCAGAAGAGGGAAAACACUUUUCACCCGAUCCUCAACAGCUCUGGGAGCGCCAAAAUUAUAUAGAGUGUUUGUUUGAUGAAAGGGAAAAUGAGGUUAAAGAUAGCUCAAGGCAUGAACAGUCUGACAACUCUGAUAAGUCAUCUAAAGGUAAACAUAAGAGGGGUUCUGAUGUGAGGAACAUUGAUGGGAAAUACGAACAUACAAAGAGGUUGAAAGCAGGUAACUUGACUCAUGAACCAUUUUCUCGUGGUACAGAUGCGCAGUUGUUUGAGAAUUCACGGAAAAUUUCUCCUGUCGAAUUUACUGAAGACACUUCGAAGGGUCCCACUACUCAAGUGAUGAAUAGAGCUGAUAGGCAAGGAAACUCCAAUGUUGGUUUACAGAAAGUAUCCAAUCAAGCAUUUCCUGGAAAAUCUAGUUCAGAUUUACCACAAACCGUUCAAAGGUCCUUUGACCAAACCCCUCUUGGAAACCCAAACCCAUUGGAAAAAUCAGAUAAACAUGGUGAAAGCAUGGGGCACAGGAAAAAACACUCAAGAAAGGACUUUCAUGCGCGUGAAGUUUCUUCUAUGCAGAAAGAUAAAUCUCAUAGAAAUGCCCAAAAUGAAGAUAUCAGUGCAGCUGGGAAAAAAAUCCCCAAGAACUCCAGGGACGGUAGUAAUGGAAGCAAACAGUCACUUUCCAUGGAUUCUAAUUACCCAAAACAAGGGGAAAUGGGUAGUAAGUCAAAGGAAGGCCGACAAAGUACCCAGUCGCUAUUGGGAACAUUCCCUACGGACAACAGGUUCAGUCUUGAUAAGUCCCCUGUAGUUGAUGGCCUUGGUGUCUCUCUUCAAAGAGAACCAUCAGACUUGGAGUUAGGUGAAUUUCGUGAGUCCACACCUGACGAAACCCAUGUCACAAAGCAAUUUGAGCGAAAAGGUCCAUUUAAACAUCUUGAAAACAAAAAAACUUCAGAGGACAGGAAUUCAGAUAUUACUAAAGGAAAACCUUUUGUAAGUUCUAGUUUUCCCAGCAAUUUGCAAAGCACAGAUAAAAAGAACACAGAAAAUCAUUUUGAUGAUUCAACAAAGUCUCGUUCUAGAGUGAUGCCGGCAGAAUUUAAUAAAUUUAGAAAUAAUGAAUCCGGGGUGAGCCAGGAUAUUGAUUUGGAUGGUCAUACUGAAAGCAAUAGAAGAGCACCUGCAAAUGGAUCUAAACAAGACACUAACCUUGGAAUCAAUUCCUAUCCCGUGAAAGAAAGUAAAAGACAAACACCUAAUUCAUUGGAAGCGGUGGCUGAUGGAGGAAAGGAUUCUGUGUUUGCAGCAAGAAAUAAUAUCGAACAAAGGAAGAGAGAAUCUUCUUCAGAUGAAAAUAGCUGCUCUUAUUCAAAGUACGAAAAAGAUGAACCUGAAUUGAAGGGGCCUAUAAUGACUUUUUCACAAUAUAAAGAAUAUGUGCAGGAGUAUGGUGAUAAAUAUGAUAGUUACUGCUCCCUGUACAAGAUUUUGGAGAGUUACAGGAAUGAGUUUCAACAACUAGGAGAUGAUUUAGUAUAUGCUAAAGGCAGGGAUAUGGAUAGAUAUUAUGACAUCUUAGAACAGCUGAAGGAAUCCUAUCGUCGUUGUGGACCAUUGCAGAGACAUAAGAGACUGAAGAAAAUAUUUGUUGUGCUUCACCAAGAACUAGAGAAUAUCAAGCUAAGGAUCAAAGACUUUGCCCACUCAUAUAGUAAAGAGUGAAAAUACAAGAGUACUAUAUUCAUAUACAUAGAGUUGAAGCUGUUUAUCAAGCUUAAACUUUUGGUUGUACAUGAAGCGCAGUUGUGUAGAUGAAUUCUUUUGUAGAUUGGAAGCUUCUAAUACAAAUUUUGGUAGAACGGUAUAUUGUACAUGAAUAAAAUUUUGUAAAUUGCUUUUGUGCAUUGGUGUGACAUAUCUUUUUUUUCUAAGCUUGACCAAUAUGUUU